AUGCCGGCGGCGCAGCCGCCGGCCGUGCCACCGGCAUUUGAGGUUCGAAGACCUGGAUAUGACUUUGGCGGUAAUGACACGGGACACCAUACACACGGUACUGGAUUCAUAGUCGCCAAAGAUUUCUUACACAAUGUCCUUCGCUACGACGCCGUAUCUGACAGAAUAUCAGUACUUCGUAUUAGAGGUCAAUUUGCCAACAUCUCCUUAGUAAAUGUAUAUGCUCCUACAGAAUUAGCGGUAGACGAAACUAAGGAUCAGUUCUACGAACAGCUCGAACUGAUAUAUGACCAAUUACCGAGCUACGACAUUAAAAUAGUACUGGGGGAUUUUAACGCCAAAAUUGGAAGGGAGGAUAUAUAUGUCCCAACAAUCGGAACACAUAGUAAACAUACACACUCUAACGACAACGGGCUAAGACUAAUAAGUUUUGCCUCAGCCAAAGCCAUGGUAGUCAAAAGUACUAUGUUUCCGCACAAGGAUAUCUAUAAGGGAACUUGGCGAUCCCCGGAUGGAUACACCAUCAAUCAGAUUGAUCACGUAGCGAUCGACGAGCGUCACAAAAGAACUAUUGAGGAUGUAAGAACUUUCCGCGGGGCAGACUGUGACAGUGAUCACUACUUGCUGGGAAUAAAACUCAAAUUUAGAAUCAAAUCAGUAAAAAAACAUUCACAAACUGCAGAGGACAGAAUUGAUAUAGAUAACCUAAAAUCACAAAAUAUGAAAGAAACAUUUCAAUUAGAACUGAGCAAUAGAUUCAAAGAUUUGGAUAUUAAUGACCCUAUUGACACAGUAUGGGAAAAUAUAUAG